AUUCCAUAGCUCCCUGUGUUCCAAUCACCCUGAUCGCAUCGUCGACUAUUCAUUACAAUAAACAUGCAAGGACAGGAUCCCUCGACUACUUGUCCUAGAGUAUGGAAGGCCUGGGGGUGUAACACAAUGAGGGUUUAGAAGGAUAAUCGGAAUGCUAUGCGCAGCUAUGUUCAUUCACUUGCAAUGCAUACUUUCUUUCGUGCACAUGCAUUUAAAGACGAUCAUGAAGUCCUCGUGUCUCGGCGCCUGUGUAAAGUGCCUCCACGCGCAAUUCAUCUGCCUUUUUGGCCCCAGCUGGAAGGCAAUCCACUAGCCACUGUUCGCUUCACCAGAAUUCUCCUAGUUCCUAGGCCCUAGGGUGCGGUGUGUCUAUACACGAAACAGAUUGAAGAACCGCCGACGAGCUACGUGUUUACUAUACCAAGAGAUUGUCGUACUUAUUCCAAAAAAGAGCUGGUGGGCAAGUGUUGCAGGUAAGUACGAGUGCAUAGGAAUGGGCCUGCGAUACAUCGAUGAAAUCCACUGCUCCAAGCGUUUGACCCGCUUGCCGAGAGUGCCGAAAUUGAAAUUCCGAGUCUUGGUCAUCACGAAGGAUGUUUGUCAUUGAAUCGUCGUCCAGAUCGUCCACUUUGUUGAGUCUUGUUUUCUUGCAUUUUGGAGCCAUUGUCACUUGUUUGCACUCAGAUACGCAAAGACAUAGGCUACGGACAAAUCUUAAUCACCGUUGACCAUGGGACAUAAGGAGUAUACGGCGCCUUACAGACUGCGUUCACGUCUCAACGAUUAAUAUUGUGGUCGGGCAAAACACUAUGGUCUUAGCGUCUAAGAAAACGUGGAGCCCUGUGCAUCUUCAAUCGUUGUCCUACGUACUCGGCGAGUACCGUAGUGCGCCUAUGGUACUCGCCACAAAACACGUUGCAGUCGUCACGAGAAAAGAGGAUAGACGGCGGUCGAUAACAGCCUCCGAUUCAUACUGACUCAUGGUGGUUUCCGUAUAUAUGGGUGGCCUGUUUGCAUGGCAGUUCUAUAUCACUUAAACGAGCUCGCUUGAGUCAAAUUGGCUAUAAACAACCCAUCUGCAAGCACGCUGAUUCCUUCAUUGGCCAUGUCUCAACCCAUUGAUUCUACUGCAACCGAAAUCAAUAUCGUCAUCAACCAUACCCUUGCCGAUGAGGAUAACGUCCAAGAGGGCACAAGCACCAUGUCAGACGUCGUUGACUCCGAGAGCUCCGACACAUCCUUCUCGCGAGGGUCCACUCCGGACUCGCUGAGCGAGGAAGUUCCGUCUGCGACCGACGGAAGUGCCGAGGCAUUUAUAGGUGGCGAGUGCACAAAUACAAGUGCAUUGCCUGUUCCACUGUUCAGGCCUAAAGGAAAAGCUACCUUGCCAACCACAAACAAGCCCACCAAGCCCAACAAGCCCAACAAGCCCAACAAGCCCACCAAACCCACCAAGCCCAAGAACGGAAGCACGUAGAUGCCGGUUGAAGGCUGUCUGUCAAGUAGCGCAGCCCUGCUCUGAACCAGUUCUGGUUCUAUGCGUAAAUGAUCAUUUUCUCGUCUCAUCGUCUUCAUAAUCCUGAAAGC